AAGUUGGUUUUUCUAUCUUAGGAAGAAACAUAACAAAAAAAAACAAAAAAAAAUAUCUCAUUUUUGCUUGGUAAAAAAAAAAAUCAUUUAUUUUAUCUUUCUUCCUUUCUUUCUUUAUUUGACUUGAACAAUAUUGCCGGCAAAAAUGAAUCGCUCAAUUGUUCCCCUCCUUUGUUCCUUCCUCCUCCUAUCCGCCUUCUCGGCCUCGGCCUUUAAUGUCACAAAAAUCCUCAGCCAAUAUCCUGAUUAUAGUAAUUUCAAUGACCUUCUUUCUAAAACUGGCUUAGCUAGUGAUAUUAACUCAAGAUCAACAAUAACACUCUUAGCAAUCCCAAAUGGUGCAAUUGGUGAUCUUACCUCAAAAUCUGACGAUGUUGUCAAGAGGAUCUUGUCUACACACGUUGUGUUGGAUUACUAUGACCCAAUGAAACUCAAGAGUAUGAAGGACAAAACAGCCAAAUUGACUACAAUGUUCCAACAAUCCGGGAAAGCAUCAAACGACCAAGGAUUCUUGAAUGUUACUGCUAAAGAUAACACCUUUGUUUUUGGCUCAGCUGUUAAAGGGGCUCAACUUAAUUCUAGACUUGAAAAAUCUGUCAUGAACCAACCUUACAAUAUCUCAAUUCUUGGAAUUUCUCAACCAAUUGUGACACCAGGACUUGAUGGUACCCUUGCACCUGUUUCAGCCCCACCACCAAAGGCUAAUGCACCCUCUUCGCCUAAGAGUUCACCACCUGCUGAGUCACCUGAUGACGAAGCAGAGUCCCCUGAUGAUGAAGCAGAGUCCCCAGCUCCUUCUGAGGAAGACACAAAGGCCCCUGCUCCUUCUAAGGAUGCCGAUUCGCCUUCAGCUGAUUCUCCUCCAGCCGAUGCUCAGUCACCAUCAUCAUCAUCUGCUGGGAAACUGAAGAUUUCUUUUGGUUUAUUUGUGGUAAUGGCAUCUAUGGUUGCAGCCUAUUAAAGGGUUUUUUUUUUGUGAAGAUCUUCAAGAUUCUUGGAUUGUAGAGGGCGAAAAAUCGCUGAUAAAUCACAUGUACACAAAAAAUUUUGAGGUUAAAACUCUAUGAUUUUCAGAAUAUAAAAGAAGUGUAUCUUUAUUGUAUAGAUAAUUCUCUGUUUUUGUGCAUUCAAUAACCAUUCUUUUCUU